AUGUCAAAUGGGUUGUAUUCUUUAGAGAUUGAAUCAAUGCAAUACAAUUUCCCACAUUUCAAAGUGGAUGUUUUAGGUAAGAAUAAGAUAAAGGUUAGACCUGCUGAAAAUGAGACCUCCAUCCUUCCUUUACCUUUACAAAUUAAAGCAACUCAUAGAAUACCCUUUUUCCAACAACAUGUACCAUUUAGUAUUUUUAGUUUAGUCCAAAAUCCAAUGGCAAUUUCAGUACUUUUCACAUGCGCAUUAAUAUUUUUAUUACCAAAGAUGAUGUCCUUCAUUGAACAAGAUGAAGAGACUAAAGAAGCUUUGAAAGCUUCAACUCCAGCUUUGGUUCAACAAUUACCCGAAUGGCCAACAAUCACUCAAAAACAAUUGGAAAAUAAAGAAUAA